AACAUACUCUUUGACUAAAGGAGCUUGAGUUUUAGGCACUAAUAGAACCAUAAUUAAACCUCAGAUUUGUGUUCACCAACUGAAGAUGUCUCUCAUUCAUUCUGUGGAUUUUCAAGUGCUGAACUAUAUCUCAUGCAUGUAGGGAUCUUGUAGGAGAAUUAAGAGAGAAAUAGAGAUAAAAACAUUCUUGAGUAUUUAGUAGCAAGCCAAAAGUGAUUGACAAAUAUUCAUAAUUUUUACUCUUUUAUUUCAAAUUUCUUGAUAGGAAUAUUAUUAAAAAUACCUGAUGAAUGAUGCCUAGUAAUAUUCAUGACCACACUUGUCAUUGAUUUAAGCCUUGAGAUACAACAAAGAGAUGAACUUGGCACGUCCAACAAAUUGAGAAGGCUCAGCUCACCUAGGAGUGGCUUCUAAGCAUUUCAGUGAGAGAUUUCUUAAAAUAGAACUCUCAAAGCCUCUUAACCCCUGUUAAUUUAAUAAUUGGUUAUUUAAUAAUCCUGUCGUUGACUGACUUGGGAAAUUAAGACAGGGUCAUUUAAUUUCUCACAUUAAGGCACUCUAGAGCAAAGGCUCAAAAUUUAUCCACUACUCCUAGAAAGUCUUCGAGACUGAUAAAGCCUAUUAGGAGUCCUUGUGUUACUUUAGAAGUCUUCAACAUGUGUAAAUUUUAACUAAUGGAGAAUAGGCCAAAACUAGAACCAAUUGAGCAAGGUUUUGCUAGGAUCAUUGUUCGAAGGAUAGAGAGCUUCAUAGAUAGCUUAAACAUUGAUCAGACUAUCUCCUGGCCUCUCUUAUUAUACAAAAUUGGCAUAGUAUUUAUAAGAAUAGACAAAUUAGAAAAUGCUAGGAUGGUGAUUUUUAGAUUUAGCUAUCAUCAUUUACUACCUGGUCCUGGUUCUUCAGCUAUGAGCAUCUACAAAACUAAAAGGGAUAUCCAUAUCAAACAAUUUUCAAGCAUAUCAGAGGGAAAUCUUUCCUGCUAUAUUCAGCCAUCUUUAAAAAUUAUGACUUUAAAAGUGCAAGUCAAGAUAAGUCUUGAAAUUUGGAAAAAACGAUCAGCUUUCACCGCAAUCUGUAAUUGAACAUUUGAAUUCAUCUGGAAUAAGUUCAAGAAGGCUGCGAAUAUUUGUAGCCUUAUUAAAGGAAUUUUUAUUAGCUCAAGCUUGGCUACGUGCUUGAUUUAGGCACAUUUGAAGCCCUUCGAAAAGCUUGACAUUUUUAUGACCUUCGUAUUAGUUUUCCAGAAAGAUUUUAUGUGUAGCAGAUGACAAGACCCGAGUUAAUGGAUCUUUCCUAUGGAUUGACAUAUCCCUGUUAUCAGACUUUAUCAAAAUGAAGCUUUAAGUAUGAAGGAGUCUUGAUCGACAUGCUUCAGACAAUCUUAAGCAUGAGUUGGAGGAGUUGUAACUUAAUCUCUGAACUAGCUGCUCUCUCGAAAUAAUUGGUAGACUCAUUAUCAC